AUGUCGGAGUUGUUGAUAGAAAAGUUUGCCAGUCUAGGGUUGUCAAAUGGUGACGCAACCACAUCACUUCUUCCACGAAAGAAGACUUCAGAAGAGAUCAAAAAAGAGCUCGAGGAUGAAUUUCUCACACCGCCCAAGAGCUUCAGUGCUGAAUGGCUGAACAAAUUGCAACAGCGGUGGGAUUACCAAACUGACUAUACUGAAUUGUGCCAAAUAGCACCUACUCAGACUCGCACAGUUACGAGGUUCAUCAGAGAGGGUCUCGAGGGCAAGGUUACUGGUUACAAGGAAGUCACAGUGCCGGCAAGCAGUGCUACCGCUAAGAACUCAACCUCGAUCCUGAGAAAGCCCGCAAGUCGUGCUGAUUUUGUUCGUGGGGCUGCUGGAUUCUUUCCGUUUGCUCCUGGUGGCCUUGAUGGCGUCGAUGCUAUUCAGGCGUACGAAGACCAAGCAAGAAUAGAUGAAGCUGAUAGAUCUGCUGGGAAGAAGAGUGGAUUGGAUCGUAUCAUUAACUUUGGUAUUGAGGAUGGCUUGCUGUCGAUUCCACCUGGCUUCACUCGUGGCAUGACCUUCAAAGAGAAGACUAAAGAUGCUGAAGAUGCAGCUACUGAUGUUGAGAAAGUGCUGAAUGCCGAAGACGAUCUGAAGACUCAACCUACAGCCAAUGGUCACACAAAUGGUGUAGCAGAUACGUCCGAUGUGACCAGUUCCGAACAGGAUGAAGAGGACGAGGAUACUGAUCUGGACGACCUAUUACCUGUUGAAUUUGCUGCUCUACAGCCAAGAAGUGAACUUGCAGCGUCUUCUUCGACACGACGCGGAACAGAGUGGGCACAUGUUGUCGAUGUCAACAAGGAUAUUCCUAACUUCAAGGAGCUGGUACCCGACAUGGCUCGGACCUGGCCUUUCGAACUCGACAUCUUUCAGAAAGAAGCUGUAUACCAUCUCGAGAAUGGAGACUCUGUCUUUGUGGCAGCCCACACGUCAGCCGGAAAGACUGUUGUGGCGGAAUAUGCUAUCGCUCUAGCAGCAAAGCACAUGACAAAGGCUAUCUACACUUCCCCAAUCAAAGCUCUAAGCAAUCAGAAAUUCAGAGAUUUCAAGACUGUAUUCGACGAUGUCGGCAUUCUGACCGGCGAUGUACAGAUCAACUCCGAAGCUAGCUGCUUAAUCAUGACGACCGAAAUCUUGCGAAGUAUGCUCUAUCGUGGUGCUGACCUGAUCCGAGAUGUCGAGUUUGUCAUCUUUGAUGAAGUCCAUUAUGUGAAUGAUUUAGAAAGAGGUGUUGUCUGGGAGGAGGUAAUUAUCAUGCUUCCAGAGCAUGUCACUCUCAUUCUGCUGUCGGCUACUGUACCGAACACAUAUGAGUUUGCGUCGUGGGUAGGAAGGACGAAGAAGAAGAAUAUCUAUGUCAUAUCUACGCCGAAACGUCCUGUGCCGCUCGAGCAUUACUUGUGGGCUGGAAAGGAUAUGCACAAGAUCGUUGAUUCAGAGAAGCGGUUUGUGGAAAAGGGCUGGAAGGCAGCCAACGACAUCCUAUCAGGUCUUGACAAAGUUAAGGAGCAACAGCAGAAGGCAGGCGAGACAACAUCUUCGACACGCGGUGGUCCUCCUCAACGUGGCGCCCGAGGUCAGCAGCCUCGAGGGGGUCAACAGCGAGGAGGCGCAAACCAGCAAAGAGGUGGCCGUGGUGGAGCACCUGCAAAUCGUGGCCAAGGUAACAUUGCACGAACCGGUCGUGGUGGAGGUAGAACAACGGCAGCACAAGACCGAACGAUUUGGGUCAAUAUUGUCAACCACCUCAAGAAGCAAAACCUAUUACCCUGCUGUAUCUUCGUUUUCUCGAAGAAGAGAUGUGAGGAGAAUGCGGAGUCCUUGUCGAAUCAGGACUUCUGCACUGCGGCUGAGAAGAGCUCAAUCCAUAUGACCAUCGAAAAAUCGAUAGCGAGACUCAAGCCGGAAGAUCGUGUUCUUCCACAAAUUCGCCGGAUCAGAGAAAUGCUUGAGCGAGGUGUCGCUGUACAUCAUGGUGGGUUGCUGCCAAUUGUGAAGGAGAUUGUGGAGAUACUGUUCGCCAAAUCACUCGUCAAAGUCUUGUUCGCGACGGAGACCUUUGCAAUGGGUCUGAACUUGCCGACCAGAACUGUUGUGUUUUCAGGUUACCGCAAGCAUGAUGGACGAGAGUUUAGAAACCUGCUGCCAGGUGAGUAUACGCAAAUGGCUGGUCGUGCGGGCCGACGUGGUCUAGAUACAGUCGGAACUGUCAUUAUCGUGGCGUCUGGCAAGACAGAAGCUCCUCCCGCUGCCGAGCUCCGCCAAAUGAUGCUUGGUCAGCCGACUAAACUGCGAUCACAAUUCCGUCUCCACUACAACAUGAUCUUGAACUUGAUGCGUGUAGAGGCACUCAAGAUUGAGGAGAUGAUCAAGCGAAGUUUCAGUGAAAAUGCAACGCAGGCACUGCUGCCACAACACGAGAAGCAAGUACAGCUGUCCCAAGCUAGUCUCGACAAGAUCAAGCGCGAACCCUGUAAGAUAUGUGAUGUCGACCUCGAAGCUUGCCAUGAUGCAGCGAUGCGCUAUCAAGUUAUCAAUAAAGAGCUCCACAUGUUCUUAGUGCAGACACCAAUCGGUCGAAGGACCAUGAUGAUGAGAAGAUUAAUCGUCUUCAAGAAAGAUGGAAAACGAACAGUAGGUGUGCUUGUCGAGGACGGCUAUCGAACCAGUGGUUUCAAAGUUCUUGCUAUCGAGCACGUUGACGCAAAACGAAAUGAUACCGAUAUGUUGCCCUGUCUCCCACGUUUCCGUGGCUUUUUUGAGAAAAUUCCGCGAUCGGCCAAUCAACUCAAGACAUCAGUCGUUAAUGUCGCACUAGAUGAUCUUGAGAUGAUUACGCAGACUAUGGUCAAGGUUAGAGGACCCCCGUGGUAUAUCAAAAUUCCAAAAGAAUCCCGAAAAUGGGUCGAAAACGAUUUCAUCGAGAACUACUCCGACUGGCAGACUGCUGUAUAUGAUGAACAAGACUGGAGCAAGGUGCAAGAACUAAGAGUUCGAGAGUUGCUGAACGAGCGGGCUCAGGUCGAAGCAGCUUGCCAGGGUGUUCAAUGCCUAUCUUGCCCUGAUUUUUUGAAACACUAUGCUAUGCAGCACGAUGAAUGGCUGAUCAAAGAGAAUAUCCAAUCCUUGAAGUUGCUGAUGUCUGACCAGAAUCUCGCGCUGCUGCCAGAUUACAACCAGAGAGUCGAAGUGCUCAGAGACCUAGGCUUCGUCGAUGAAGAGUCGCGAGUAUCGCUCAAGGGCAAAGUAGCCUGCGAGAUUCACUCUUCUGAUGAACUUGUCUUGUCGGAAUGUAUCUUUGAAAACAUCUUCGCUGACUACGAACCAGAAGACAUCGUGGCUUUGCUCUCCGCCUUCGUCUUCCAAGAGAAAACCGACGACCUACCCUCUCCACCCGAACACCUCAUCUCCGCCAUCGCAUCAAUCAACAAAAUCAUCGACCGCGUAGCUGAAGUCCAAGUCCAACACCAAGUCCUUCUCGGCAGCAACGACCUGACAAACACCUCCCACGCCGAACAAAUUGCCAGCUCAACCAAUCCUCCCUUAACCUCCGGUCCACCAAACCAAGGCGGCGCCAGCACCAGCACCAACACCGCCAAGCUUAUCACAGCCAUGCACCAACACCCACGCUUCGCACUCGUUGAAGUAGUGUACAAUUGGGCGUUGGGGAUGAGUUUCAACCGCAUCACGGAUCUGACGGAUGUGAUGGAGGGGACGAUAGUGAGAGUUGUGACGAGGUUGGAUGAGACGUGUAGGGAGGUGAUGAGUGCGGCGAGGUUGAUCGGGGAUCCGACGUUGUAUCAGAAGAUGGAAAAGGCGAGGGAGAUGAUAAGGAGGGAUGUGGUGUUUUGUGCGAGUUUGUAUAUGUAG